GUUUAGGGUUUCUGAAACUUGCACGCUCUCCUCCUCUCCAUUUCCCCUUGUUUCUUCUUCUACUCUUCCCAUCUUCUUCGCCUUCUCAUGAUUCCCUCUUGGAUUUUACCUGCUUCGCUUCUUUUCUGAACCACCUCUCUUCUUCUCUUUUGUCUUCUGGGCUUUUGCAAUGGAAGAGGUUGAAGAAGCUAACAGAGCUGCCAUACAGACCUGCCAUGGAGUUCUCAAUCUCUUGGCUCAUCAACCUCCUCACUUGAUCCCAUUGACGGUGGACACUGGAGAAGCAGUUUCCAAGUUCAGAAAAGUGGUUUCUCUUUUGUAUACUGGGUUUGGUCAUGCAAGAGCCAGACGGCUCAACAACAUUCCUUCUCUCCCUCUGCCCCAUAACGCUCUCUUGGAUUCCCCAACUCACACAACGCAUCCUCCAACCAAAACUCUUCACCCUUUUCACCCUCCUUUCAACACUCAAGUUUCUAUUUUUCUGGGAAACCCACACUUGGGAUUGCCUCACAAUCAUAUCCAAAUCCCCAAACAACCUCCAUCUUUAAGCUUCAGCUUCCCACAACAACAACAGAAACAGAGGAUGUUGGCCCAUCACAACCCGACGAAUCUCAAUUUUGACAACUCCAAUUGCUCACUCACAAUGCCAUCACCUACAUCUUUCAUUUCUUCACUCAGUAUGGACGAAGGGAGCUUCCAAUGCGGAACCACUGCCAAAUGCCAUUGCUCCAACAAGAGGAAACAUAGAGUGAAGAGAUCAAUCAAGGUGCCCGCCAUAAGCAACAAGCUUGCUGAUAUCCCUUCCGAUGAGUAUUCAUGGAGGAAAUACGGGCAGAAGCCGAUUAAGGGCUCCCCUCAUCCAAGGGGUUACUACAAAUGCAGCAGCAUGAGAGGUUGUCCCGCGAGGAAGCACGUGGAGCGGUGCCUACAACAGCCAUCCAUGCUCAUUGUAACCUACGAAGGGGAACACAGCCACCCCACCAUGUCUGCACACACUCAGCCUCCAAACCUGCUCUCAGAUUAAUUCAUUGGAAUUGCUUUUGAUGCUUGCUUCUGCACAUAAUGACCUCCUCAACUUUCUUCUUCAAACCGUAUAUAUUUAUAUAUCUUUUGGAUAA